AUGGGGAUGUCACCUGCUUUGAGCCCAAGGCCUAACCCGCCGGGCUCACACGGUCCCGUCAACGCAGCAAAGGCGAAACCGCUCGUGCAUCUUCUCAACCACAAGACCGUCCCGUCGCCGUCCCUCACCAGCGCAGCGACGACCCCCGGCGGCCCAGACGAGGGUCUGGCAGAGGAAAUGAAUGAUGUGGUUAAGAAUCAGUUCGUCUUUGGGGCACGUCUUGGAGAAGGUACAUACGCCACCGUCUACCGGGGACACUACCGCGAAGAACCCUCGAAGCUGGUCGCUAUCAAGAAGAUGAAGAAAAACACCGAAUGGCAAGACGGCAUCAACCUUGACUCGUUACGAGAAAUGAAAUACCUCGCCGAGCUGCACCACCCAUACGUAAUUAAUCUCAUCGCCGUCUUCACCACCAAAGACGAGAACAUCAACCUCGUCCUCGAGCACCUGCCACGGGGCGAACUACAAGACAUAUGGAAAGACAAGGACAUAGCCUACGGCGGUGCUGAUGUAAAAGCCUGGUCAAACAUGAUCUGCCAAGGCGUAUGGUGGCUCCACGAAAACUUCGUCCUCCACCGCGACAUCAAAUCCAACAACAUCCUCAUCGCAGCCGACAACUCCCUCAAGCUCGCGGAUUUCGGUCUCGCGCGCAGCUUCGCGAACCCCGAAGCAGAAAUGACCUACAACGUCAUCACGCGCUUCUACCGCCCUCCAGAGCUCUUCCUCGGCUCCUCGCAUUACGGCGGUUGUGUAGACAUGUGGAGCGUAGGCUGCGUCAUCGCGGAGCUCGCCGUCCGCGACUGGUUCCUUCCCUCUGAAACGGACCUCGCGCAUCUGGGCGUUAUCACUGAGGUGUUCGGCGUGCCUACGGAGUCAGACUGGCCUGGUAUUAGCAAGCUCCGCUUUUGGAAAGAGCAGUUGGAAAAUACGCCUGCGAAACGGCCACAGCCGUUGAGCUGGUGGCGCGGCCGCAUGCCGCUUAUUGGCGACGCGGGUAUCGAUCUUGUGCGGGGGUUGCUGACGAUGAAUCCGGUGAAGAGAUUGACGGCGAAACAGGCGCUCGAACAUCAUUACUGGACUGCUGCGCCGAAGCCGCAGAAGAAGGAGAAUUUGCCGAGGAAAGGGGGGAAGGAGGCGGAGAAGGCGAUGGGAGAGUCCUUGAAGAGAGUCGGGGAGACGGAGGAUGAUAAGAUGACCAAGAUUGCAAGAAAGCUGGAUUUUGGAGCCAUGCGAUGA